AUGACGUCACAGAAACGACUGCCACUGAAGCAACAACGUGUGCCAUCACCAAGAAUGGUUGAUCUUUUUGAUAACGAAGGAUCAACACCUAACACCAACACCAGCGCCAAACCAACUACCACUAAACCCACUCCGAGUUAUAUGAGUGGCAAUCACACUGGAUCAUUAGAUGGAUAUUUUCAAGAAAACUCUCUCGAGUUUAAAAGUUUAGGUGAAGUGGAUGAAUUAAACUCCUCACAUAACAACUGUGACACUACUACAGCUGCUGCUCUUGGAAACCUUAAUAACUCGAAUACUGAUGCUUCUGAUACCCUAGAACCCAACGACAACACCAAGACCAAUAAUGGUGUAUCGUCAUCGUCCAGUGAUAAAAAAGAUUUCUAUGGAGGAAAUAACACCAGUAGUGGUAGUAACAACGCUAGUGAACCCAUCGAGGCAAGGCCACGAAUACCUAAACUGAAAUCGUCCAUUGCUUCGCCAACGUCACUCAAACCACCCAAAAACAAUCUACAGAAGCAAACGUUGUUAAAUGCAGCUGAAUUGAAAUCACUGUCAUCGAGUAUACCGCGAUCUCCUCAGCAGUCGGCAAAGCUACAGCGAUCACCCAAUUCAGGCAAUCGGCUAUCUAGUUUGUUCAAGCUGAAAAAUCAAUCAGAGACGAACUUGACUAGCUUGAAUCUAAACCACAAGGAUCGAAGAUCGACUUCAUCGACAAAUCUCUUGAAUAUAUCGAGUCCAUCCUCUCAGACUCCUGCGGGCACUACUACUACUACUAAUAAUAAUAACUUUUUUUCCAAGUCUAGUGAUAAUUUGAGGAACUUGGGCAUCAGCAUGGGUCAUCACUCGCGUUCUAAUAGCAGUGGGUCGAAACUACAUUUACCCACUACGCCACCACUUGGUUCAAGUCUAGAUGAUUCUAAUAAUGGUGGUGGUGGUUAUUUCAACUAUGAUAGAAAACAGAGUGGCCAGAUUAGAAGAUUGAAAAAUGGAGAAGAUUUCAACGAUUUCAAUGGCUCGCUAGCAAGUAGCAAGAAUUCGGGUAUUUCGAUGAAGAACUUAGCAGCAAAUGGUGAUCGAAACAAGAAUGGUGGUGGUGGUGGUGGUGGGAUGCUCGAGUCACCGCCGAAUAAUUAUGAGCUAUUGACUAGUCCUCGAUUUCUUCGAGAUUUGAAAAAGGGAGUCAAUCCCAAUGUCAACAAUGGCAGCUUUGUUGAUUUCACCAGCUAUCGAAAUGGAUCGUCGCACGCUGUAGCUAAAACCAGCACGCAUUCACGCACCGAUCUGAAGAAUCGACUUGUUGAUCAGUUUUUUAAGCAGGAUCUGGGCAAACUCAACUUGGGGUCGGGAUCGCCUUUAAAUUCCAUUGCUACGAGUUUAAACCGGGAGUUUUUAUCUUCGUUACAGUUGCAACAGCCCAACAACAACAGCAACAGCAACAGCAACAAUAACAAUAACAAUAAUAAUGUUAUUAAUGGGGGAAGUGGAGGUGGAAGUGGACGAACUACACCCCGACAGGAAGAGCGCAAAUUCAAAUGGCCCGAACCACCGUUGCUGCAGCGGAAAAACGACAAGAGCGUUGAGAUUCAAGGCGAAGACGAUCCUUUAGACGAGGACAAGAGCGAAUGUAAGAAUAUGCCAUUGAAUUUGGAAUCCAGCGAAGCCAUCGUUUAUUCGAUCUUGGAUAGCGGCGGAUUUGAAUUUCGAUAUGAUGAGAAACAAAUUAUAGAGAAUGAUAGAUUGGUCAAUUACUUAUUAAACAUUGACAACAUCAUUGACAAUAUCGAGAAGAGCGGCAACGACAAGAAUAAGCAUAAUCCCUAUGAGCCGUUGGUUAAUAUCAUGUCGGUGAUUCUGGAGAAAUUAAUGAUGAAGCAAAAAGCGAUACUCUUUUCACCGGUGGAGAACCCUUCGUUGGUUCAACUUGAGUUGAUCACGAGUUAUCUUGACUUGCUCAAGGGCGACAUCGCCAAGAUGAAGCAUGAAUUGAGCUCGAAUUUGCAAGUGACUGCCGAUAAGCAUAAGGAGGAAAUCACGCGCAACGUGACGCGAUUAAACCAAGUUGCCCUGGACUUGCAAGAGCUUGAAAACAAGUCUGUGUAUUACAAGGAUAUAAUCCAACAUCACAAGCAUUUGAUCAAUGUUGAGAUGAGCGGCAAAUUGGACUUGUUGGAGGAUAUCAACAGUAAGCUCAUCCAGCAUAAGAAGAGUCAGCGGAAUCAGAAGUUAAUCCGGGUGAAUUGUUUUGUUGCCGGACUAGUUGCUGUUUUAGCUGCUAUUUGGUACUUUAUAUAA